UUCCAUUCUGAUCUACUUUUAUUGUGGGUGCACACAGGCUACGUAUUUUCAUGGUCACGUAUGCCCUAAACUUGAAAUGAGGUAGAAUAUCCGGAAAGUCAGGAAACAUUUCUCGUGACGAAUUGUUCCCCAGAUGACAAAACUGAUGAGUAAAAAAUGGAGUCAUCCAGUGGAGGAACAAAUAUUCCCAAAAUUAUGGUCUUUCGGCCAACAAUGGAGGAGUUUAAAGAUUUUAACAAGUACAUAGAGUACAUAGAAUCACAGGGAGCCCAGAAGGCUGGUGUAUGCAAGAUCAUUCCUCCAGCUGAGUGGGUUCCAAGGAAGGGAGGGUAUGAUGAACUGGAUCUCACAAUCCCUGCGCCAAUCGUCCAGGAGGUGUAUGGGAGUCAGGGCUUAUAUACACAGUACAACAUACAGAAGAAGGCCAUACAUGUAAAAGACUUCGAAAAACUUGCCAAUGGGGAGAGAUUCAAAACCCCCAAACACUUUGAUUAUGAUGAAUUGGAUAGGAAGUACUGGAAGAACAUCACAUUCGUGAACCCGAUGUAUGGUGCUGAUAUAUCAGGUACCCUGACCGACCCAGAACAGCAGUCCUGGAACAUCAACAAGUUGGGCUCCAUCCUUGACUUUGUGGGAGCUGACUAUGGGAUCAAAAUUGAAGGUGUCAACACAGCGUACCUGUACUUUGGUAUGUGGAAGACAACCUUUGCUUGGCACACAGAGGACAUGGAUCUGUAUUCCAUCAACUAUAUCCACUUUGGUGCCCCAAAGACUUGGUAUGCCAUUCCCCCGGAGCAUGGCAAGCGUUUGGAAAGACUGGCUCAAGGAUUUUUCCCGACAAGUUUCCAGGCAUGUCCUGCAUUUCUGCGACACAAAAUGACUCUAAUCUCGCCCAAGGUUCUAAAGCAGUACUCCAUACCAUUCAACAAGAUAACUCAGGAAGCAGGUGAGAUCAUGAUAACUUUCCCAUAUGGCUACCAUUCUGGCUACAACCACGGCUUCAACUGUGCAGAGUCUACCAACUUUGCCUCGGUCCGCUGGAUAGAGUAUGGCAAGAGAUGUCUCCAGUGCAAGUGUCGUAAUGAUGGUGUGAAGAUCGAGAUGGAUUGUUUUGUGAAGCGUUUCCAGCCAGAAAAAUAUCAGGAGUGGAAGGAAGGCAAGGAUCUUGCUGCACACCCGGAGGACGACCAGAAAAAACUUUACAAAAACAGUGAGAAUAAAAGAAGAGCAAACUCGUCCGGUCUGGUAGGAACGAAGCGCCACCCGGUGUCAAAGAUCAAACCCCUUUAUGAUGACGAAGAUGAUGAGGAUUCAGACGAUGAUAUAAGCAGAGAUAUCAUCAAGAUCAAAAGAGGAAGGCCACCGAAACAAGAAUCAUCAGUGGAUACAGACUCAGAGCCUCCAAAAACAGGCAAAACCAGGGUGAAAAAAGAUCAGAAGUCCAUAGAAUCUGGGAACGAUACAGCUGAUGACAAACCUAAGGCUAAAAGACCUUACAUUCGUAAAGCAGGGAAAGAUGAGGGCAGAAGUAAACCUCCAAAAGUAAUGAAAGUCACUGAGGAACAUUUAGCACUUUUAGUACCAGCUCAGAAAACAAAGAAAGAAUUGGAAGACGAAGAACAAAAAAUUGUUAAUGAAAAGGCAGAAUCAUUAAAGAAAAUUCCACCAGCAAAAGAUGUGAAAAAAGUAAAAGGUACAUUAGGUAAAGAAGGAAGUAGUGUUAAUAGAAGGAAGAAUUCCACAUCCAUGUCAGACGGUGAAAUAAGUGAUCCAAAAAAGGCUAAAAUAGAUUCCUAUUUGAAUGACAGCAAAAAGCUGCCUUCAGCUGAACCUGCUCAAGAUAAGAAACUUUUUAAAACAUUUGAAGAAGCAUUUAUGUAUUCAAUAACAGGAAAUUUAGGUCGAAGAAGUGCAGGUAAAAAGAAUUAUGAGCAAGUUCAUUCAGGACGAGUACCGAGUAGGUCUGCAGACAGCUCAGCAGAGAGGGUAAGCAGACGGAGAAAUACAUCUGAGAGUCAAACUCAGGACAAUAAUGAAACAACUAGAAUUAGAAGUCAGUCAGAGGGAAAGCAAGAAACAAAUAUUGAUAUGGAGAAACAGGCUGAACCUGUGAAAAUAGAACAAGGCAGCUCUGAAGUCAUGAAUUCUCAGAAGACUUCAACUGUAAAGCAGGAGACAAAUAUUACUGAGGAUAUUGAAGAUUUGAAAAAUCAGACUGAUAAGUUUUUGUCAAAAUACAUGAAAGACAGGCCGGUGAAAGCAGAAAAGGAUAUUAAACCAGAUCCUGUGUCAGAAUAUGUGUGUAAAAAGAAAAUGGCUGCAAAUAAUUUGCAUGAACAGAAAGGUGAAAAUGUCAAAGCAAGCACUACCAGCGGUGACUGCAAAGUGCCAAGUGAUUUAGUAGAGAAGCAUAAAGACUUGGGACAAGAACUUAUUCAACUGACUAAUGAUAUUAUUCAUCAAAAUGCCACUAAAUCCCAGUUUAAGUUCUUGGAUCCGAUGAAAAAAGUGUCCUAUGUUGGAAGUGUUUGCUGUACACCAACAGGGGAUCAUGCAUCACUGUGUAAACCAGUGUUUGGAGAAACAGCAUCCUCUCGUUUAAAACAGGCAUUUCAGCCAGCAGGCAAGAAGCCUGUCAAAGAAUUUGGGAAUCUUGGUGGUGGUCAGUCUCUUGAUUUCUCUCAACUUGCUUCCCAAGCCAAGCAGGCAGAGAUGCUUAAAAGCAUGGCUGCUAAACCAGACAUGAAAUUGGCUGAUACUAUCAGUAAGCUGUCUUCAUCUCUUCACGCCCAUUCUCCUACAGACAACCAGAGAAACCUGCCAUUACAAAAGCAGCUCAUCACUGCCACUCAGGGACCCCAUAGUGGCCUCACAAUUGACACUGUCUGUUCAGAGAAAGGCAGAAAGGAAGGAUGGCAGCCAGCCAUUCUACGGUCAUCAAACUCAUCCAUGAGGUCUCCUGUAGCAUCAAGAAGAUCACCAGCAAUAUCACCAAACACAGGUAUGACAUCACCUGGUGCCAUAAGAAGGUCUCCAGCCAGGUCACCAAAUACCAGCAUGGUAUCAACAACAAAUUGCCUCGAAAAUAAAGUGAAACAUCAGACAUUAAUUAAUCAGCAGAAACAAAAUACUUGCUUGAACAAUUCUGGAUUACUUUCUCCGCAGUCAGUGGAAAUGAGAAUAGGAAGUCCACAUGGCAGCCUUUCUCCAGGUAUGGCUAAACCACAUGUGUCUCCAAACACUGGGAGAACAGUACAAAUGUCUGGCAAUGUUGUGCAGAUUCAGAGCCCCUCUAGCAUGGAGUUCCAAAUCCAGAAAACACCCAUGACUUCACCACCUCAGCUAACUACUGCAUCACCUGCUGUGUCUAAACCUUAUCCAGUGUUAAACACACCUCCAACAUUGUCACCUGUUGCAAAUCUUUCAUUGUUUACUUCCCAAAGUCAGCUACAGGCUACUCUGAAUGCAGCAUUGCUUCAGACGAGUAGGGCUAACAUUGUACAGCAACCAAAUGCUGCACAAAAUGUCACAGUCAAUGGGCAAUUAGUCGGUCAAGGGCAAGUAGUCAAUUCCAAUGGAAUGCAAAUGAUCUCAAAUACACAAAGGAUAAUUCCAGGAUCUACAAUAAAUAGUGGUAAUCAGAUUCCAUUGCAAACGGGUCAGUUGUUAAGUCAAGGACAAUUCAUGAAUCAAGGCCAAUUACUUAAUCAAGGACACAUUUUAAAUCAAGGCCCUAUGUUGAAUACUGGCCAGGUAUUAAAUCAUAGUCAAUUUUUUAAUCAAGUGCAAACAAUGAAUCAAGUGCCAACAUUAAAUCAAGGACAAACUGUUAGUCAGUCACAUAUUUUUAAUCAGUUAUUGAAUGGUACACAGAUAAAUCCGAGACCUCAGUCACAGAGUGUCAUUAGUCCUCCAGGUGUUGUGUUAAGGCCACAGUCUCUUCAGACACUUCAAGGGCAGCUGGUGACUCCAGCAGUGAGAAGCAACAUUGUGACUGCUCCACAGCUGGUCACCACCCAGCAGUUGAUGACUAUGGCAGGUCAGGGGAUCGUACAGUUAGGCCUGCCUGUUUCCAGUGUGGCAAACACAGCACAGAGCAAUACCCAGGCUAGAAUUAUCACACAAGGAAAUCAGACUUUUUUAGUGAAUAUUCCUGUGGCGAGGCCCAUAACCAGUAUUUCUGGUAAUGGGGUUUCAGCUCAGACAACCGGCAAUGUUAUUGCUAGCUGCCCGUCACAGGAGAAACAAAAAAAUCAGGUUUCCCAACUAAAUUCUAUAAAAAAGACUGUUGUUCUUGCUAAGACAGACAUAGGGGCAGUAAAGUGCUUACCUUCAAAACAAAAUGUGCAAAACAAUGCUAAUGGAACACUUACAAAAAAUACUGUGAUUUCUAGUUUGUUGACAGGUAGACAGUUGACACAACCAUCUUCUGUUUAUUCUGUUACUGUACAGAAUCCGUCAUCUAGUACAGAUCUGUUUUCUCAAAGUGUGAAUUCAUGUGUUUCUUCAACAUCUGCAAAAUUACGUUUUUGUGGUACAAGUGUAGUUGCAAAUGGUAUUUUGUUAGGUAAUGGCUCGCCAGUCAAAGGAUACACAGAAAUCAAACAGGAAUCUUUGUGCAGUUUGCCUGGCUUGAAGAAUGUUAUAACAGAGCCGAAUGAUAAGCAAUCCAGCAUGUCACCCCCUCCUCGGCUAAUGAGCCCUAACAAACCACUACAGCUGGUACCCCAGCCUAUUGUUCCUAUUUCUCAACCUUACACCUCAAUGCCAAUGCCAUCCAAGAUGAGGCUACAGUCCACUGAUACUUCAUUCUUCUCUGGCACUGUUCCAUAUCAGCUCAUGGAAGGGGAAGACAGCAAUGACACUAAGCCCCCUGUUUUAGAAAUGGAACCUCCUAUGUUGGAAAUGGAGGCUCCAAUUUUGAAAAUGGAAUCUGAGCAUGACACUGUAAGUGUAAAAAGUGAGCCGGAUACUCUGUCCAAUUAUUCAGUGGGAAGUGGUUCUACAGGCUGUGCAGGAAAUGUGAAGCCUGACAUGGAUACCCUUCCAGCCUAUCCGUUAUUAUCCCAGACCAUCAUUCACACCAACAGUUACAACUCGUACAUUGGGUCUGGCAGUCAGGUUGGUAAGAAACGUCGCAAAUCAGGUCCCUGUGGAGACUCUGAGAAGGCUGGACCACUGAGGGACUACCAUAGUGAUGGGGAGAGCAGUAUUCCGGGGAAAAAGAAGGAUCUCAAGAAACCCAAAAUUAAAUCUGGUGAAAAGGAAUCUUUAAAUGGGAAAGGAAAGAAGAAGUCGCAGUCAAAAAAGGGCAAAGAUCAUCAUUACUCCAAAGAUGGGGUCCAGGCAGUGGGAGAGUGGACCCAACCGGUACAGCGGCUCUGGCAGUGCGGGGUCCCGGACUUUGAUGCUGAAAUGGCCUUCAAUGAGGCGUACUCUCUCCAUCAGCCUUACUGUAGCAUUUGUGCCCUGUUUGUACCAUUCAAGGUGAUCCCAGACGAGCCAUCAGAGGACCUGAAGUCCCCCAAGAAGAUUUACAAGCGCUGGAUCAUCCCGGACCGCUCCCUUCCUAUGAUCCCGGAGAUGUGUUUUGCCACGAGCACGGACAACCCAAACCCGUUUGGCAUGAACACACUGCUGGAUGAGGAUGGACUCAGUCCGCUGGUUGUGUGUGAAGACUGUAAAAUAUGUGUACAUGCAAGUUGCUACGGAACAGAGGUAACUGAUGCUGGUUCCUGGAGAUGUGCUAGAUGUGUACGCCAGAAAACAGAGGCAGAGUGUUGUCUGUGUUCAUUGAGGGGUGGAGCCUUAAAACCCACGUUGGAUGGCCAGUGGGCACAUGUGGUUUGUGCUCUUACAAUUAAGGAAGUGAAAUUUGAAGAUGUGAAAAGUCGAGAACCCAUUGAUACCUCACAAAUUAGUCCGGCUCGCAAGAGACUGGUAUGUCAAUACUGCACUCAAGGACAAACGGACACACCGUCCUCAACUCGAGCAUGUGUUCAAUGCUCAAAUGGGAAAUGUACACUUUCGUUCCAUGUAACCUGUGCCCAUGCUGCAGGGGUUGUGUUUGAGACAAGUGACUGGCCUCAUCCUGUCUACAUCACAUGUUCACGGCAUGUCCACCUCACAAAAACUAAGCAGAGGGACCGUGAACUGCAGCCUAUAUCAGUGGGAGAUCGAGUGAUUGCGAAACACAAGAACACACGUUUCUACAAUGCAGAGGUGCUGGAUGUGCGAGACCAUACAUUUUAUAGGGUCGACUUUGAUGAUGGAUCUUUCAGCGAUGAUCUCUAUCCAGAGGACAUACAUGGCCAUGACCCUGACAUGGGUGCGCCAGCUGUAGGCAGCAAGGUGAAGGUCAAGUGGACGGAUGGUUCCCUCUGGGGAGCAACCUUCAAGGGUACCAACUCACAACUUGUCUACAAAGUUGGGUUCGAGGAUGGAUCUGAACGGAGCAUUCCCCGCGAUGAGCUUUGGUUGCCCACAGACAACCUUCCUAAAGGUGUCAGGUCGAGAAUGUCUCAUGCCACAGAAAGAAAGUGUUUAAAUGAAGACAAGAAAUCAGUUAAGGAGGUGAAAGGUCAUAGCAUCAGGCAGAAGGAAAAGAUUUCCUACGCUGCUUUGUUGAACAAGUUUGACAAUCCUGCAUAGCUGCCAUUAUGAGAACAGACAUGGCGAUAUGGUGGUAGCUGUGAAAUGAGACUGGGAAUGUUGAAAACCUGAUGAAUUCCUGAUGGUGGCUUACAGACUUGUGUGCAACUUCUAGAUGACAUAAUUAACUAUAUAAAUUGAGAAUUAUAGCGCAAGUGCAUUGACGCUGACAUUUUGUGUAAGAGGAGAAAAUGGAGAAAUGUUAUGUAAAAUUAUAUAUAGUUUGUUUUCUGUAAACUAGUUGUUACUUGUUAAUACUUGCAGUUGUCAAAAAAUACUGAUUCUUUCAACGAGUCAGAGCAUGGUUUUAAAUAGGUUUCAUUUGUAUAUUUUUAAACUUAAAUUGUAAGCUUUAAUCUUGUAAUGGCAUCCAUGAACAGCUACAUUUAUCCCCUAAACAUGACUCAUAUAGGAGAUAAAGUUGAGGAGAGGUUUGUUGAAAGGGAUGGAGAACUUUUGUCUUGGAAUGGGUAAUAUUGGCAGCUUCUGAGUUCUGCAGUAAGUGUUUACUGACAGGACUUUGUACAUAACACAUACUAUUACUGAACAGUAAAUCACAUGAUCCAUAGUAUUUACAGAGUUGGGAGGUUUAAAUGUUUCAAGUAUGUUAAAUUCUUAAUUGUGUCAGAAUUUGUUUUGAAAGUGCAAUAAGAAUUCUGCAAUUUUCAUACUGUGUGACAAAAACAGUUCAGAGAAUUGUUUUUGUUUGGACAUUUAUAUUUUCAAUUCCUGUUGUAAAAAUGUAACUAGGUUUAAAUGACUCUUGCAUUAAGGUUUCAAAACAAUAUUUUAUAUUUCUGUUAGCCUAGGAUACAUUUAUUAUGUUCUUUAUUCAUUAAGCCAUCGUUUUGUGUAACUAACAGCAUUUCAUGAUACAGUAGGUGUUAUUUUUAAUGUCUUUUCUCUAGGUUUUGAAUUCUCUGCAAUUUUAACCAGGAAAAUCAAAGUUAUUAGUUUGGGGUAUGUUGGCGGGUGGUUGGCGUCAACAAUUCAUGUUCUUUGCAUUAAAGGAUUUUAAAAUAACUAUAUGUUCUGGGUUACAACACAGUUUCUCGCAUACAAGACCCAGGUCUGUACAUCAAAGGUUAAGGUCAAACUUAAAGUUACUUAGUCCAAAUGCCUUGUAAUUUGUGUUCGGGCUAACACUUUGCCAUAGGGGAAUAUAAAAAACUUGGCACAAAUGAUUCCCAGGACAAGACAGGGUGUUGUGUACAAAACACAGUUUGUACAUCAAAGGUCAAGGUUGCACUUAAAAGUCAUUUGUUGAAAAUUCAGUCUUGGCUGUACAUUACGAUAAGUUGGAAGAUUUUGAAAUAGUUCACACAAAUGUUCUUUAUGACAAGACAAUAUGUUGCCUGCAAGAGCCAUUAUCUGUAGGUCAAUGGUCAAUGUCAAACCUUAGGAUCAUUGGUCAAAUGUCUUGUAUUUUGGCUUGUCUGAGCUGCAACUUGGCUAAACAUCUUUUGAUUUUAAAAUAACUUGGCAAAAAUGCCCCCAUAUCAUGUCAGUAGGUUAAAGGUCAUAGUCACACAUAUUGGCUAAAAAAUUCUUUUUGUCAUGACUGUUGGUCAUUCAUGUCCAAUCGUUUGAGGUCAAGGUCUUCAAAUAACAGACAACACUAAGUUGCUCAUGUUUUAAGAGUUUCCCUUCUCCAUAUCUAUUUUUAUCAAUGACUUUUUUUAAUUUGCCUACACCUGCUAGUUGGACAAAUGUUGAAAACCUGGUUUACAUGGCAUUGCUGUGUUUAUAGUUGUGGAUACCAGCCAAUUUGACAUAUAAUGUAAAGUGGGUUUGGUUUAAGCAUUAUUUAACUUAAAGGUUUAUGAAGUUCACAGUAAAUAAUAAUGCAAAACUGAAUUUUAUUAACUGGGGAAAACAGAGUAACAGUAAGUAUUUUAAAAUAAAUCGUUUGAAAGGCAUUAUAAUGAUUAAAGACAGACAAAUUUCACAAUUGUUGACAUUAGUAUUUAUUUAUAUAUAUUUACAAGACAAUUAUAUACAUGAAUUUUGAUUAUUGUAUUGUUUUAAGUGAUACAAUAUUUUAGAAGGAAAAUGAUCAUUCGUGACUAUUUUGCUGUAUUUAUUAUUAUCAUCAUCAGAAUUUAGUUAUUUCAUCUUUUGUGUUUUUGUCUGUUCUGUAUUAAAAUAUCUGAAAAUAGA